AUCAUCAAGUUCGAGCCCCAAGUUGAUAAGCUCCUGGAGCUGCUGGGAACCGAGUUCGAUGCCUUGACCAAAGCAGGGCAGCCUGUCGAGUUUGACAGAUGGUUCAACUACUUCGCGUUCGAUGUGCUUGGCGAAGUGACCUUCUCCCAGCCCUUCCGGUUUCUCGAGACGGGCACCGAUAUCCGGAACGCGAUUGCAAACACGCGGGCAUUGGCUCUGUAUAUCUCCGUGAUGGGACACUAUGCCUGGCUGCAUCAUCUCACGUUGGGGAACCCCAUGCUGAGCCGUUUGGGUCUGCAGCCAUCGUCGCACAUUUUCGACACCUGUCUGGCUGCUCUGGACGCAAGGAAACAGAAUCCAGAUGUCCGUAACGACAUGGUGGAGCAUUGGAUGAGAAUGCAGCAGAAGUACCCGGAUGCAUGGCCGAGAAUGAGGUUUUCGCCGCGGCAGUUGCCACUAUCGGCGCAGGAGCUGAUACGACGAGUGCUACCUUACAAGCCUUUUUCUAUUAUCUUCUUCGGAAUCCUCAGUACCUCCAACGCCUUCGGCAGGAAAUCGAUACUGCGUCCGCGGAUGGACAGCUCUCCAAGAUCGUCUCGUACGCAGAGGCUCAGAAGCUGCCGUACCUGCAAGCCUGUGUUUUCAUUUCUCAAGACCGUCUUAAGCGUCAAUCCUUGGGUCUUCCACCGAAAUCCCGAGCUUUUCGGUCUCGAUUGCGACUCGUUCAUUCCAGAGCGUUGGCUGGAUGCAGGCCGAUCCAAGAAGAUGGACAGCUUUCUCAUCCAUGUAAGCUCCCAACUACACAACCCUUUUUCGUUGGCUCUCUUAAUUAAUGUGGUUCAACGACAGUGGGGAGCGGGCUACAAUCAAUGCCCCGGGCGCAACCUCGCGCAUUUCGAGAUUUCCAAAGUCACCGCGACCCUGGUCCGCGAUUAUGAGAUGGAGCAGAUCGACCCGCACAAGCCGUGGCGGUUUGAGACGCAUUUUACCGCGGUGCCGUAUGACUGGCAGAAGACGUGA